GGGGUUGUCAAUCACUGCCGAGGGGCGACCGCAAUUGGAAAAUUUAACUUAAUUUGUUAUCUAACUUUUGGACGUUGAUCGUUUAAGGUUUUGAGCCCGGGCCUUCCGAAUGGCAGUACGUAAUCACAUCAACCAAAAAGAAAGGAUGCCUCUAACAAAUUUCUAAAGAGAUGAAGUAUUAACUAUAAAAUGCAAUUCGAUGCCAAAUUCAAUAUAUCCCUAGGAGAACAAAGAUCAUGGAAUCAAACGCCGGUUCAGAAAGAAAUAAAAGCACACUCGCGUACACAGAUGAACCAAAGGCUACAGAUGGCAUUGUUGCAGGUAUCACGGGCCCUAGAAAAGAGCUUUCAAUACCUAUGGGGAAGUAUCCCAGCUUCUUCCAAGCAGAGGUGUUCGCCAUUACAACAUAUGCCGAAAUCAUACGGAAAAGGAAGACCGUAAACCAACAUGUAGCUUGCAGUGACAGACAGACCGCACUAAAAGCAAUAUCAUAUCGUACAAUUGAGCCUUAUAUGCUCAACUGGGUGCCGGGACAUACAAUUAUUAAAGGGAGUGAAAUAACAGAUAUACUUGCAAUAGAAGCUCGCUCGAUCUCGCCUGUUGGAUUAGAGCCAUUCUUCCUUUUAGGUCCUCACUCAUUUAAAGAUGAGAGGAGAUAAGAAGGGAAGAAAUGAAUAUAAGAAAUAAAUACUGGUACUGGUCACUAGUAGUGACGGGAUGAGACAAUCAAGGAAAUUUAUAGAAGAUUUACAAACAUAAAAUUACUUAGUAAGAAUAACUUAAGAACACUGACAGCAUUUCUUACAGAACAUUGUAGACUGCGUUGGCAAAUAUAAAUUCUCGGAAUCGCUUCACCGAUACACUCACCUGUUUGAAUGCGAAGCUGUCACUUGAAGAAGACCGAUACAUCGAGGAUUCAUUCAGCCCGAGCAAAAUCACAUCAAAUUACUCAACUCCUCUAACCUGCUGCGUUUUAUAAGGGCACGAGGACUGGAUAAAAUCCGAGGGCGCAAUAGACCACUGGUCGCGGUGCAUAUCCUCCUUACACAUCUAUCUAACAAGCUGUGUUUAAGCGUGGUGAAAGGGUAGUGACGAUUAAUUCGGUCCUACUUACUCGCAGAAACGACAGAUUUAGCUUCAAAUCGCACUUGUCCUAUACAUCUGGUUCAAACCCCGAAAUCUUCACAUUUCGGUAUUCUAAAAAUGGUAAACCAAUGUAAGCGCCCUGCGAUCUCUCCACUGGUGCAGUCAAGCUUUGAACCAAUGAAAAUUCUUUAUCUAACACGCAUCUUCUUACACUGCACCCUUCGGUCAGGAAAUCCAACUCGAACGGAGUAAAAAAUGCCGAUACUACAUAUCAGCUCAGCGGAAACUCACCAAAGUCGUUAACCUGUUGUUGAUCGCUCUAACUAUAACUUACUAAAGGAACCUGGAAAGCUCACUAAUAGAGACAUCAACAUGGUUUCCACAAAGUGCACUAGCCAUUACUCCACUAAAGUGAAUCAACUAUAAGUUAUCCUGACAAACUUUAAAACCCAGAAAAUUUAAAAAAAAAAAUUAAAAUUAAAUAGACUUCAUAUCGUGGAACUCCCUACAGGAAAACCUUUAUCUGUUAUGCAGCUGACAGCUCGGUCUUGGCAAUGGACAAUCUAGUUCGAAGCUGAACGGCGGGUUCGAAUCCUGACAUUUCUCACUCCUUCAUGGUAAGGAACACAACACUUUUCCCCCAGACAUCUAUGAUGAACCUUUUUACCAGUUGGACGGAGUACUCGAUAGAUUGAUAUGUUAAAAUCUAUUACGUCUAAAGCCUAAAAAUCAUUAAAUAACCGAAGCUUAUUGGUAACUGUUGCGAUCGAGUACAUACAAAACUGUAUUUGGAAAUUUUCAUUUUAUUCAAUUUAUUACAACAAAUUCUGUUCAAUAUAAAAAAAAAAUCUUUAAA